AUGGCGCUUGAACUGGGCCCUGGUGUGCGAUCCGGGUCGCCAGAGAGCUCGGGGCGGGACUCGCCCAUUCCACGGCAAUGGAGGAACCAGCUCGGCGGAGAGGAUGCCCCCAUCAAGGACAAGGCCUACCGCAGAUACGCUGCCGGAGUCGACAAGGCGCUGCUGCUGUUCGAGACGGCCCUGGAGGAAUGGGCCGACUACAUAUCCUUCCUCAACAGACUGCUCAAGAGCCUGCAAGCCCGACCGCCCAACGUCUCCGUCAUCCCCUCCAAGAUCACAGUCGCGAAACGUCUGUCGCAAUGCCUGAACCCGUCCCUACCCUCAGGCGUGCACCAAAAAGCUCUCGAAGUGUACAACUACGUGUUCGAAACCAUUGGUAAGGAUGGGCUGUCUCGUGAUCUCCCUCUAUAUCUCCCAGGCCUGGCACCUACACUCUCUUUCGCGUCCCUUUCGGUUCGCUCGCCGUAUCUCGACCUCCUCGAGCGCCACUUCACGGGCAUUGAUGCCAGGUCGUUGCGACCAGCGAUGAAGUCAAUCAUACUAGCGUUGCUACCAGGGCUGGAAGACGAGACUAGUGAGGACUUUGAUCGAACGCUGCGGCUGGUUGGGAGCUUCAAGGAGGCCAUCCGGCCGGCAGACAGUGUUGUCCUUACAGAGCAGCAUGCCUCAGGGGACGACUUCUUCUGGCAAUGCUUCUUCCUAGCCUCCGUUACGAGCCAUAGCCGCCGCGCCGGCGCCCUCGCCUACCUGAUACGCAACCUUCCCAGGCUGGGCGGGGAUGCCUCUGCUAGCACAUUUAGUGGUGAUAUUAGCCAACACAAUGCCGACGGUAGCUUCAACAGUGAGGUUGCCGCCAUCGUCACAACCCCAGAGCCCGGUUUGUUGGUGAGGUGCUUCGCUAGCGGACUCUCCGAUGAGCAGUUGUUGAUCCAGCGUGGCUUUCUCGACUUACUUGUCUCCCAUCUUCCCCUGAAUUCCCAUGUGUUGCAGUCGCAAGUCAAGCCUGGCGACCUGGAACUUCUCCUGAAGGCGGCAGUCGGGGUUGUUACUCGACGAGAUAUGAGCCUGAACCGUCGCCUGUGGGCAUGGCUUCUCGGUCCCGAGCCAACAGGCAACGAAAGUGAACAGAACCCUGAGCUACACAGCAACGCCGCAGACGGCCCGCAAGCUCAUCUUUCCUCCCGAACCAGCUACUUUGAACAAUAUGGACUGCAGCCGCUUACCAAGUCUCUUCUCGAGAUGAUCAGAGACACCAAGCAUAGAGGAGUUGCCGAACGAACUCGCCCAUACCGGAUAUGCCUCUCCCUGAUGGAUCGAUGGGAAGUCGGUGGGCUUGUCGUUCCAGACAUCUUUCUUCCCGUGGUAGAAAGUGUGCGGCAAUUUCAAAAACAGGGUCCCGCCAAAGCCGAAUUCACCGAGGUGCUGCGCAGCGCAAGCGUCUUCUUCGAUGGCAUCGAGAGUGGCCUCAUCUAUAGUGAGCUUGUUGGGCUUCUGGCUCAGGCGAUAAGCCCGGGAGAUCUCAGUCACGAAGACCGAAGCGAUAAGCUGUCCUUGGUCAACUUCAUCAUCACUCACUUCAAUGUGCGCGAAGAGGAGAUGAUUACGGUUCAUGCUCCCUUGACCUGUCUCGCUGCUUUGCUCAUGUUGGAGGAUACACGCAAUUCGCAAGGUGGCGGUAACUCAUCGUUGAGAGAACAAGUCCUUAGCAUUGUUGUCUCUCUCCUUGAGCUGGUGCCCGAUCGAGCAUUUGCUGAACCAGCAAUGGCCGACGCCAGUCGCAAGAAAGUGUCCGACAGCGUUUCCUCUCCGUCGGCUGCGGAGCUGCUCAAGAAAAUCCAAGAUUUCUAUAUCCACGGGCAAGGAAGCCUGGACGCAUCCCCGGCGCCUUUCUCUCAAGUCGAGACUGGCGAGCUGAUUCUGGAUAGAGCAAUCAAGUACAUCGUUGACGAUACGGCCGAGCAACAGCCAUCAUGCUCCUUGAGCAUCCACAUCAGAAUCCUACUACUCAUUUUGCUGAAAGUGCCCAAGAACUAUCGGUUCGACGAGACAACUUUGGUAUCUUCUCUGAAGGCCAAACUGGUGAAGAAGCGGCCGCUGCGGUUUUCAGACUUUUCUUCCAUCUUGCAUUUGAUCACGCAGCUUCAUUACGUCGAGCGAGUUUCAACAUCAGAACUCUCCGAGCUAGUACAUCCCUUGGUCCGGCACGCAUGGUCGUAUCUGUCUGCCUCUGAGCCCAAAUACCAUGUGGAAGCAGUCCGGUGCUUGUGGCAGCUUCAAGCAGCCCUCUCGCUGUCCCGCCGCGAUGUGGAAGCUUCACUCGCAAGUAUCCUGGUUGAGCAGAGUGCUGCCGAUGGUGCAGAUAUUGGACGCGCGUUCGGCGUUCUUUGGUCUCACACCCUCCAGGAUACGCCAUCCGAUCGUCGUGGACCCAAGAUCCCUACCAUUGAAGCAAAACUGGGCCAGAAGCUUAGUGCGACUGACCAUUACGAGGUCAUGUUAACGCGGCCUCUAUUCCUUGUGCUGGAUGGGUUGCUAGACGACAGGACUCAGCUCUUCAUGACGGUCAAGUCGUGGCUCAACAGCAUGGUUGGCAUCGAUAGGUUAUUCCUACUCUUUGUUAUCAAGUUCGCGGAAAUACCUUGUCUUCGCGCGGUCGGGAGGACUGCUCAUUCCGAGAAGAGUCAGCCCGAAACCCUCGUAUUUACCGAAGAUGACGAUGUCGACCUAUGCCUGUACUAUCUACGGACUCUCCACCAUGUUCUUGACUGCUCUGGGGAAGCUUCAAGAGCGGUACUUGUGACGAAACACCUCUCCUUUAACAAUGGCGGACAGGUGCAGAUUUCCACUGGUGGAGAUGAGGUCGACAUCACAUUACAAGAUUACUUUGCCAGAGUGUGCAUGGCCUGCAUCAUGGCUGAUGCUUCUGACUCUGCCAGCGACGACCUCAACACCAGGGUCUCCAAGUUGCAUCGUUAUGCACUAACCGUUCUCCAUCAUUUCCUCAUAAGCCAUCAUGCUGCUCCUCUGUCCGAUCUUCAUCUCGACCAAGUCCUGAUUGAUAGAUUGUUCAAGUCCAUUGGAAGUCCCGACCCAUAUGUGCAAGUCCUUUUACUCGACGUCGUCUUCGACGCCCUGAAACUACAGGAUGCGGUAGCGGCAGAGCUUUCGAUCCCGUCAACUGCUGAAAAGCGACGCUCGAGCGCGGAUCCGAUGCAUACAGUACGGACAUCUAUCUCUGCGGGUGACACAAGACCUCCUCCCAUGACAAUGCCACCUCAGCUGCUCAAAUGCCUGCAGGCUGGCCUAAGCUCAACGAACAGCCAGUUUGUUCUGGAUAGCUGGGUCUCGUUUCUCAGCAGAUGUUUGCCGUUUUACUCCCAGUCCAUCUUCCAGAUUUUGAUACCCCUCGUCGAGACGCUAUGCAAACAAAUCGGAGUUACGUUCUCACAUUUGAAGGGCAUGUUCAAAGACGAUACAUACGAAGUCAAGAAUGAGGUCGCAACGCCGGAAUCCACUCUCAUUUACCUUCUCAACGCUUUGGAGCAAGUUUUGGCAAAGGCACAUGAUCAACUACUCGCCGAAGAAGCUCAGGCCUUGGCUCUGAAAGGUCCGGACCAGCCUCAAUCUCUCUUCGGCAGCAUGGUGUCGGGUGUCUUUCAAUCGGAUGCCCCUCAAUCUCGGAGUGCCACGGCCAACGACCGCUUGACUGUCCACCUGGCCUUCCAAGACGCCGUGCGAAUGUGCUUCUCCAUCUGGACAUGGGGACAAGGAGAAGAUGCCACCACGCAGGACAUUAACUCGUCCGCAUCCUUCAACUACACGUCUCUAAGGAUGAGGAACCGGGCAAGGCGGCUCCUGGAGCAUCUCUUCACGGCGGAGACGCUAGAAAGUCUCGAGACGGUGAUUGACGUUUGGAGAAAUUCAACAAGCGCCGCAGAGCAUGCCAUGGUGUUCAACUUUCUGGCCGCUCUAGACGCCGCCAGGCCGAGACAUUCAAUGCCGGCACUUUUCAACUCGAUAUAUAGCCGCACGAAUCCAGCUGCCCUGGAGCCUUCCCGCAAGUCCACAAUGACCAUCUCCCUUCAGGACGCCGACCUGGUGGUCUUUCUGGUCGAAUAUGCUAGGUCGCUUGACGACGAUGCCAUGGAUGAGAUAUGGCAAGACUGCUUAACGUUCCUCAAGGACCUCUUGAACAACCCAUUCCCUCACCGACAGACGCUCCCUAGCCUUCUUGAGUUUGCGGCCAUUUUGGGGGAGAAGGUCGACAACACCAACUUUGGAGAGCAGCGAAAGAUGCGUAGGGAACUGGGCGACCUGUUUCUACGACUCCUUACUGCUCUCUUUACGACGAGACCAACCUUUGCUGAUCCAACAAGUUCUAACGGAACGUCGGGCACAAAGGCCGUCAAGGGCGAGCUGGAACGCCGUGGCACAUUCCCUGCGGCUGUGGAGAGGUCUGAUGAUGUUGUAGCCAUUCUCGCCUCCGUGGUUCCAAACCUGCCCAAGAUCCUUCUUGAGCCGGAUCGAGUGCUGUCGGCGGCUGGAACGAUAUCCACCAACGUGAUUGGCCCAACGUUUCGUUCCAAGGCAUUCCCCGAUUCUGUUACUGCGAGUACACUGAAGCUCCUGCACGAGCUGUCGAGGCUGCAGAACAACCAGAAGACGUGGAAGAAGGAUGUCGGCGACGCGUUCAACGACAGCAAGUUCUUCGCAAUGAACCUGACUCUGGUUCAGAACGACUGGCUGCCGCUGCUGCGACAGUGGGCCUUGACGGAUAAGGAGAGGCUACCAGAGAUUGUCGGCCGCAUCAGCGCACCGACGACGGCGGGCAUAGUCUUUGGGGUGGGCGCGACCUCGGCCCGCCUCGAGGCUGACCGGAAGACGCAGCUCAACUUGCGGAGAGUCGCGACGCUGCUUCUUGCCUCGGCGGACGACGCCUUUGUCACGGACAUUCCGGUCAUCUUUGACAAAAUGGUUGAGCUAUUCGGGGCCACCUCGACGUCGUCACCGUCGUCGACGACGCGAGCAGAGGUGUACAUGGUCAUCAGGGCGCUGGUGCUCAAGGUCAGCCCCAUCCACCUGGCCAGGCUGUGGCCGGUGGUCAACGCGGAGAUUCACUCUGCCAUAUCCUCCAUCGUGGCUCCGGACCACAGCACGGCCUCUGAGAUUUACGUCAACUCGGCCAUCCUGCAGGCCUGCAAGCUGCUCGACCUGCUCAUCUGCGUCGCCCCGGACGAUUUCCAGCUCCACGAGUGGCUCUUUGUGACGGACACCAUCGAGGCCGUGUACCGGUCGGCGACGUACAAGCCCGUCGCCCUGGUAGACGAGAUGUCCGAGGAGCUGAGCUCGACCUCGUCGACGUCGCAGCUGGCCAGCCACGACGACGCGAUGACGGCGGCGCAGAUGGCGACGCACAACAACGGGUCGCGCCGUCUCCCGCUGCUGGGCCGCGGCGGCAUCAUCAGCGACGACCUCGUGAGCUUUGAGAGGAAGGAUGAGCUGGUGGCCAAGGUGCUUAGGCCGUUCUUUGCGCAGCUCAGCAUCUACGCGUUUGAGUCGACGUAUGCGAUGGGGACGGUGGAUCGGGAGGCCUGUGUGGAGGGGCUGUUGAGGGACCUUUUUGAUGAUCGGAGUAUGGUGAAGGCUUUGUAG